CUUGUGAUUUACAGGUCUGAAAGAUAGGAAGGUUUAAUAUGGCAUCUAGUUGUGUAGCUCAAACUGCUUGUUGCGAAGCAACCAAGGAUCGUCUGCAAUGCUCCAUCUGUAAUGACUAUUUCAGAGAGCCAAGAGCCCUUGACUGUAUGCACAAGUUCUGCCUAAAAUGUCUCCAAGAGCUUUGCAACCAGCAAAUAUCCAACGGCUCCAAGAUUAUCUGCCCGCUAUGUUCAAAAGAGACCAGAACAAAAGAUGUUGCCGACCUGCCUCAAUGUCACAUGUUGAGCGCCCUCGUGGAGGAAUUUAAUAUGCAGACACUGCUCCUGGAAGGUCGAGGGUCAGAGAUUGCAUGUCAAGCCUGUGUGGAAGAGAACCAGGCUGUUUCCAGGUGUGAGGACUGCGACAAAUUCCUCUGUAAAGCAUGCCAAAAGGCACAUCAACGUUUAACGUUAAUGAAGUCACACAAGAUCUCCUCCCUGGAUCAAUUUCGAUCAGGGAAGGUUGUCUACAAGAGUAAACUGAGGGACCACGUUCAAAAGUGCAAGAAGCAUCCAGCUGAGAAUGUCAGCAUCUUCUGCAACAAAUGUGAGCAGCUCAUCUGCUCAACGUGCUUGGUUCAAGCCCACGCACAGCACUCUUUCUCUGGUGCAGAUGAGGCACUAGAAAAAUGCAAACAAGACUUAAAGAAACUCAUUGCAGAGGUGGAGAAGACUAAAGGAGGACUGUACACUGCGAUGGCAAAAACAGGCACGUCAUUGAAGAAGCUUCAGUCUAGGUUUGCAGACUCCAACAGGAAAAUCUCUCAGAAGGCUGCGGAUGAGAUUGCCAAGAUCAAAGAGAAGGAGCAGCAGCUGAGACACGACUUGGAGAAGGUGUAUCUAGACAGCUUCAAGAUAUUUGAAGCUGCUCAAGCCUCUAACCGCCAAGACGUAUGUCUGGUGGAGCGCAUGCUUCAAGAAUCUAACCAACUCACUGGCCAAGACAGUUGCUACGAGAUUCUUCGUCUCAAAAAGAUGCUCUUUCCAAAUCUCAAGGAACUGAUACAGACAUGCAAGCAGCCAGUGGAGUUAUCUGACAGGUUGUAUCUUAUGGACUUUGAAGGUGAUCAAUCCUUCGGGAAGCUGGUGUUUGACGACGAAGACAAAUCAGAGCCAGAGGGUGUGCAAGCUACCGGUAUAGCCGGUGGGCAGAUGGAAUUAAGAGAUACAUCUCUAUUUCAAAACUUCUCACAGGCUGAAGAAGUCAUGACAGAGAUUAUUGAAGACAAGCAGCAAAAAACUACCCCAAAAAGCAAGCAAAAGAAGAAACUUAACGGGAGUGACCCAGGGUCAGUUGAAAGCCUGAUUGCAGAAGUCAACACAAAAUCUGAAUCCACUGAAGAUGUGAAAGAGAUUAACGAAGACAAGCCGCAAACAUCGACCAAAAAAUGCAAGACAAAGAACAAACUUAAAAAGACUGACUCAGGGUUAGAUGAAAGCCUGAUUCUAGAAGACAAAACGAAAUCCGAAUCCAGGCCAGAGGUGGCUAGUGAUUCAGAAACGGCCAGGAGUGCAGAUUCAAUCGAACACUGGAUAUUCACAAAGCAUAUAAAGACCAUCGGUUCAGACCAAAAAACAUUUGGCUGUGCCUUUGAUGUCGCAGUGUUCUCAAACAACGAAAUUGUCAUCGUAGACACCAAAUUAAAAAGACUGAUUCGGUACUCUCUCACAAGCGAACCUCGGUCCGACAAAGUUUCAAGCGUACUCAAAAUCAAAGGUCUCACUGAUCCCAGACAAGUAUCAGUCAACAAGCAUGAUCACCUUAUUGUUCUGGACAAUCACACAUCAACAGUCAACACCUACGACAAGAAAUACAAGCCCCUCCAUCAGUUUAUACCAGGGAGAAGGACAAACCAGAAACCAACGUGCCUUGCGGUGGAUGAAUGCAAUCAGAUAGCAGUGGGUUAUAAAUACCAGAAGCAGAUAUUUCUUCACAGCUCAGAGGGAUCCUUUAUCAAAGCUGUGCAUGCCACAAUGAUCGACAACCGUCUGGUAACCUACAAACAGAAGUUCAUCUACACCAACUACUGGAACAAGACCCUGUACGCACAGAAAUACACAGGAGACAUGGUGUUCUGUGUGAAUGUCCCAAGCAGCAGUACUGGGUACUGGGGUCCAAAUUGCCUGUGUUGCGACAAGACUGGUAACAUUUAUGUUGCUGUGCGUGCAUUUGGGACUAACAUGCCGGCAGAUGAAGUAAUACGUUUCAGUCCUGAUGGCACUUAUCUAGGCACGGUAAUCACUGGAUGUGGCUUGCCUCAUGGCAUCACAUUAACACCAGAUGAUAACCAUCUCAUAGUGGCAACAAACACUUCUGUUUCCAUAUUUAGACAAGUUAUUUUCACAUAAGUUCAGCCACAAAAAUAUAUUUUAAACAAUCAGUUUUUUGCACAUUCUUCACACUUCAACUUUUAAGCAGCGAAUAGUUUUUUUUUAAAUAGAAAUUCUGCAAAUUUAUAUCAUGUGUAGAAUAAGUUUAAACAGUUUAGAGAAUCAAAACUAAAUUUUCUUUUGGGCUGCCAUGCCCAAACGUACUUCUAGAACCUA